AUGAUGUCUGAUGAAUUCUUUAACAUAACUGUAGAUUUUGAAGGUUACAUCAUGAUAGAGAUAGAUAACAAAAAUGACAAAUUAUAUGGCAAUUAUUUUAUUGAGAUGAAAAUGGUUUAUUUGCCAGCUGUUGAGGUUGAAACAUACUUCUUUAAGUAUUUUGUCCAAUCAAAAGAAACUGAUUCUAAUAGCCUUCAAAACCUGGCUACUAAUAAUUUAUAAGAGCUUUGCUAUUGGUAAAAGGCACCACAAUAAAAAGUUAAUUCUAGAUUUAAUUUGUUGACUGUUGUGCUUUUAUAAACAUUCCUGAAUUAUAGUAUUCACUUCAGUUCAAAGGAUAUCCUUUUUAUGAAUAGAAUUUCAUACCAAGUACUUUUGCCAGUCAUGAUCAAGGAAUUUAUUGCACCCAUUAUUCUUAUUAUACGAACAAUACCCUCAUAAUUUCUUUAUGAUCAAUCCAAGCACAAUGCUGAAACUGAUGUUGAUAUAGGAAAUUGUAUUCUUAACUAUUCCUAUGAAUAUUGCUAGAAUGAGAGAAAAUUUUUUUAUCCCCCUACAAUUUAAAAUAAUGCUUUUUGCGAAGAAAUUGGACCUCUUGUUGUAUAGUCCUAACCUUUUAAUGUUGAUAAUAAAGGUGGCAUAGUACUAAAUGAUACAACUCGAAUACUAAAAACUUAUAGUUGUGACUAUGAUGCCAUGAAUGUGUAUUAUUAUAAGGUUUAUCAUGCUCAUUACCCAAAGUAAAUAUCUAUUUGGACUGUUUCAUUGAUUGGAUAUCCUGAAUACAGCUCAUCUUAGUAAAUAACAUUCUAUUUGAAAAAGACUGGUUUCCCAGUAAAUAGAGAUAUUGUAUUAUAUUUAUCAUGGGAAAAAUAUCCAACUAACUUAGUUAAGGUCAAAGUAAAUGUUUAAUAAGACAAAAACUAGCUUUCAAAUGAUACUGAGAAUUUGUCAGAAGAAGGCUAAUAGCGAGAAAUAGCAUCUCUUGGUUUUGAUGUAUCUUUAUAUAUUAAUCAAAAGGCUGGAGUAUAAAAUAAUGGUAAAGGAUUUCAAAUACUAUAUAAUAAUGCCACCAUCUCAGAGAUAACUUAAUAAGGAUUAAUUAAGAUAAAGUUUUCAGAUAGUUUAAAAUUUACAGAUUAAAAAUUUUAUUCAAUUAUUGAGUCCAAAGCUUUAAAAGUUAAAUACUACCCUAACUAGAAUAAUCAAUAUUACAACCCAAGUCUUUUUAAUUGGAAACUAAUUCUUAUUGAGGAAAAAAUCAUAUACAUUCAAUGCUACUUUAACAAUACAAGAUAUAUCUCUUAUGAUGUAAGUACAAUUGGAAUAUUCUUAAAAUAUUGA